UGCUUGGAGGUCACUCCAAAAAAGAAGAAAUCCCAGCAAAGCCCAUGGCCUUCCAGCUCAAUAUUUGAUCAGGAGGCUGGGCGGGCACCAACCUUGGCAAGCUGAAACUUGCAUACACACACACAUGCUCUUUAAUAUACAGGAGGAGCACACAGGAGAACACUGAAGCUCUGGGGGGAAAAGGUCUCUAAACUGGGUGCUCUUUAUAAUUUGGUGCAAGAUUUGUGGCAAGAUGCGCUGGGCUCCUGUUCUCAUUAUGGCUGGCCUCUGCGGAGUGACCAUGAGCCAGUAUGAAGACUACGAGGACAUGUUCUGGCUGCAAGCAUAUGUACGCAGCCAGUCCUCAUCCUACAACUAUGCGCCAUAUUAUGAAGAUGAAAUUCCUGCCUAUUCAUAUGUCCCAGCUGGGUCUCCUGAUGGGGACCCUGUCCCUGAACCCCCUGUUUCUAGGAUAUGCCCUCAUGAAUGCGAAUGCCCCCCCAACUUCUCUUCUGCUUUGUACUGUGACACUCGCAAUCUCAGAUAUCUUCCUUUUGUGCCUUCCCGGAUGAAAUAUGCUUAUUUCCAGAAUAACCAAAUUACAACUAUCCAAGAGGGAGCUUUUGACAAUGCUACAAGCCUGGAGUGGAUUGCACUGCAUAACAACCAAAUCACCAGUGAGAAAAUGGGCAAGAGAGUCUUUGCCAAGCUCAAGAAUCUAGAGAGGCUGUACCUUGACCACAACAACCUGACCAAGAUCCCUACCCCACUGCCACGGUCCCUGAGAGAGCUUCAUCUAGGUUACAAUCAGAUCUCUAAAGUUCCUUCCAAUGCUCUUGAAGGUUUAGAAAACCUCACUGCCCUGUAUCUCAGCCACAAUCAGAUCCAUGAAAUUGGACCAAACCUCAGGGGGUUAAAGUCUCUGAUUAUUGUGGACCUGAGCUACAACCAAUUGAGGAGAGUCCCCGAUGGCCUUCCAAGCUCUCUGGAGCAAUUCUACUUAGAGCAUAAUUACAUAUACAGUGUCCCUGAGGAUUACUUCAAGGCCUCUCCCAAACUGUACUAUGUACGAAUCUCCCACAAUAGUCUGACAAAUGAUGGACUUGCCUCCAACACUUUCAAUGCCAGUAGCCUACUGGAACUGGAUCUCUCUUAUAACAAGCUUCAGAAGAUACCAAAGGUCAGCACAAGCCUCGAGAAUCUCUACCUCCAGGGGAACAGAAUAAACGAAUUCACCAUCAGCAGUUUCUGCACCAUGGUAGACAUCAUGAACUUUUCCAGACUACAAGUCUUGAGGCUGGAUGGGAAUGAGAUCCGCCGGAGUGCCAUGCCCUCAGAUGCCCCGCUCUGCCUGCGAUGGGCCAAUGUCAUAGAGAUUUAACCACUGCCUUUGCUCCUUUUCUGAAACUACGCCUUCAGAACAAGGCCAGACCCCUUCCUGUGAUCAUGCAGGAGGAGCAGCCAACAUUCUCAGUUUUUAACGCAGCUUCGUUUGUUCCGGCUUCUGCAAUUAUAUAAUUUGGAAGGAACAGCUAACUUGACCCAAGAGAUGCUGCUCAUUUUAGCCAAUCAAGUAACAGCAAAUAUACCCACCACUUUCCCACCUUCUCUCUGUCUCCCUUCUUCUGAGCCUUCUGCAGCCAAUCAGUAGUUUUGACUUCAUAACACGCUGUCUCUCUCCAUUUUGGUGGGUGGUGAACAAGCUUUUCUUUCGCUUCAUGAACAUCGCUUUAGAAAGUUUGGUGCCAGCUGGGACGCCUUUGGGAUUUGUUUUCCAUGUAGGAGGGUAGCUAUGAAAAAGGGAGAGUGCGUGUGGAGGGGGUGGAUGAGAUUGAAUCCAAGCAAAAUGAAAACAGAUUAAACAGUUGGCCACACAGUGAGCAGCAAUUACAGAAAGAGAAUGGGGAAAGGGGAAAAAGAAAGCGAGCGAGAGAGAAAAUUACUGAUAGGAGCCAGCUCUUCAGCUGGUUUUCAAAAGAUGAAUAUAGCUCCCCUGGUGUCAAUCUGCUGACUAAAGAGCAUGCUCAUAACAUUUUUAUUUUUCUCUCUCUUUUCUUUUUAUUAGUUUUGCCAUACUGAUUACAACACACAAAGGUACAUGGGAGGAAUCCAAAGCCCUAAUACCUUGCAAACAGACACAACAGCAUGCUAAUUUAAUAAAGAUGCUUAAUAUCAAAUUCCACUAUGAAGUUAGCACAUCAAAGCAAAUUUCUAUCACAUAUAACAGGCUCACAAUUUUCCCCCUGAAAGACAUAAACAUCUCUCAAUACUUCCAUGGCUCCAAAGAGAGCUAUCUCCACCAUUUUUAGUCUGCCCAAAACUUUGAACAGUCAUGUUUUUAUUGUAGGCAUUCUUCUUCCAAUGCUGUGUAUCAGAAAGAUUAAAAAGUGCAUAAGGAGGUUUGAUGCUGUUGAAUUAAGAGAGGUAAAAUGUGUAACUGGACUAAAUGGUAAUAAGAAUCUCAUGUAGAACUUAAGACAUUCAGGCAAGUCCACUACAUCUACAGAAAAUCUUUUCUAUCACAGCUGUCCAAAAAAAGACUCUUUCCUUUCUGAAGGACAAAAGGGAAUUUUUAAUGGAUGCAUACAUUUCUGAUGGUAUUGGGCUGCACUUGGGGCUUGACACACAGCAUAUAUAACCCCUUCCAACCUUGAUAGUAGCUAUCUCUGCUAGCAGGAAAGAGAUUUUUCUACCUCCAGCUAUAGGCAGUUCAAACUAUUAACUGGUGUUUGCAGAAUAUAUAUUUCAUAUUUCUUUCCAUAUGCUGCUUGGCUGCAUAGAAAAAUGCUGCUCUUAUGAAAGCAACAUUCCUAGCAAGUUAUAUAAUGCAAUGUAAGCCAACUUGGCUUUAAAAUGCCUGGCAGAGCUCACCACCAUUCAGCUAGGUAGAUGACUUACGCUACCAGCAUAUCAUGAGAAACCUGGGGCUUUAUGGUUGCUGCUUUGUAUAUGCACAUUCAGGGACUGGCAAUUCAAUAAAAGUUACCUCCCAAAUUCAUUCUUACAGCAGAAUUCCAUUUUAACUUCCCAUAUGUUUGACUGCUUCUAUUGUAACGUGUUUGCUUGACAGUAGAAUUGUAUGGGCUGAUUUUCAUACAAGUUGCAGCACAAAAUACUGCUCUAAGAAUGAUGCUUUUUAACUUGAAGCUCUCAUCUCUCAUUAAAUCUUUCCUUUCCCAUAUGAUUAACAGAAGGGAGGGUAGCAACUGGAGAAUGAGGAGCAAGUAAGCUUCGUGAAGAUCCUGAGAAACUCACUCUGCCAUCGAACCCUUCUAUAUUUAAAGUGCAUGCUGACAAUAUAAAAGAAAUGUGUAGAAGCAUUAACUGUAGGUGCCAUUACUGAUCAAUAAAGCCCUUUUUAUAAUUGCA